AUGGCACCCAGGAAGAGAAAGUCAGUUCCCGCAUCGGAUUCCAGCGAGGCAGAUAGGACUUGUGAGUACUGCGGCCACAAAUACAACAACAAAAGCGCUUACACGGCCCACUGCAUAUCCUCGGGAUGCGCGGUCCUAAACCGCGGCGCCUCCAUGUGGAAGUGCUUCCGGUGCAACAUGCGCUCUGCCCAUCGAAAGACAAUUGUGGAAAAAUGCUGGGAGACAUGCGACGAGUGCGCCGAAGCCGGGCUGGAGAAGUGCGACGCGGUGAAACAAGUGGUCGCCUGCACCAGCUGUCGUCGCAGCGGAAUGGCAUGCACGAAGUUGCCGAAGGGUCAGGUCGCAGAUGGUGGCCCCGUCGAAAUCGCUCCGGCGGGAAGUGGUCAGGAUGAUGAGUCGGAAAACACACAGCCUGACGCUUCAUAUGCACCGAAUGCUUCGCAAGAUAUCUCGAGGCAGGACCCACCACAGCUUCCGGCCGUGGAAGUGAGCGCAGUUCGUGAUCAAGACGAGGAUACCUACAUGGAAGGCCAGGAAGAUGAGGUCAUCGGCAGCAAUCAAGAGAAAACUAUCCACGAAGAUGGAAAUGAAAAAGAGGGAAGCCAGAACGAGUCCGGUCGAAGUAUAUCGGUCCAAAAUGAUGUCCCGAAUCGUAAGGAUGAGGAACAGCGAGAUGUGAUGGCGGACAGGCCAAAAUCGACCGAGCCUGACCGAGAAGCUCGCUCUCCCACUUCUCCAAGUCACACCCUGCGCUCUCACAAAACCAACACUGAUGGUGCGCAAGAUCAACACCCGCAAAUCCACAUCGCCUCUCCGAAUCCGCCACAAUCCCCCUUCUCGACCAUGACUGUGGUAAUCGCCCAGCCUCAAACACAAACCCCGGCUCAAAUUGACACGUUGCCCCGCGAUGUGUCCACCGCUCUGUCCCCCGUCGACCGCGCCUUCCUAUCCGGCACCAGCCCCGAGCAAAACCACCACGGGGAAGACAUACAAACACAACCCUCGCCCGCCAAAGAGCAUCCUGCCCGUGGAACAACUCCUCCUAUACCUCUAAUCGCUCCAGUUGAGGUAUCCAAGCCCUCACCAUCACCUGGAGCUACCUUUCCGGUAGUACGUGACCCUUCACCUCUUCCUGCUGUCUAGCCCUCACUGAAACUCCCAAUACAGCACCAGACGCGUGUACGGCAUAUAUGCCUCGCCAAACAUGGUGACCCCAUCGACAAUCUGCUGCAGCUUGAUCGCUGCUCACACACCCGCAUUAGCCUCCAUGUAACCCAUUCAUCUCCUCGAC